GUUAUGGAUGAGCAUAAUAGGCAUUCUAAGAUUCUUGAUUCGAAUCUUUCUUCUACUAAUAAUCUUUUUGCUUCACUACGUUCUCCUCUUUCCACCUCGAGGAGUUCACUUGCUUGGCCCGGUAAAGAUUUUUCUACCCUUCCAGAUGGUGUCCCUUCCAAAUCAGGUAAAUCACGCAGGCAAUUGACUUCCUUGGAUACUUCGUCGGCACGAACCCAGAUACUAUCCUUAGCGACACAGGCAUUAAAGGACAAUGAUAUUUAUGUCGUUUCUGCACGCAACACAGCGCGAUCGAACAAGGUUCCUUUAACAGAAAGCAAACCUCGGACACUCGCAGGUAGUUCCGCUUCUCAUCCGCCCUCCCAUCUGGGAGAGCCACUGACUCGGGAAGCCUCAAAGAUCAGCGCUAAGGACGGUAAUGGGAAGCAAGAUCUCUACGCCAAUAUAGUUGCCGUGCUGCAUGGCUUGAAGGAUAGAAUGGGUCGCUUGAGUGACACUGGUGAGGUGGCCAAUGCUGCACUGGAUUCUGCUUUGCGUGAGAACGAGCUGGCGGCCUUCCGUCGUUUGGAGCAUGUGAUACGGGACCUUAAGGUUGGCGCUGCCGCAUCUAAGAUGAGGAAGCCCUCGAAGCGUCACUAG